AUGUCGAGAAUGGAGGUCGAACGGAACCUGGUGAUGCUCGACGACAUGGUGUACGGCGACGGCGACGGCUUUGGGGCAGGAAGCGGCGUUGCGUCGACGACGGCAGCAAGUACGGUGGCGAGCACCACAUCGAACGUGGCCGCCAACCCGGCAGCCAGUGCGGCCGGCGGAGACAAUGCGCAGCCGAAGCGAACACGCGUGCUGCUGAGCUGUGCGCCGUGUCGCGUGUCCAAGCUCAAGUGCGACCGCGAGUCGCCCUGCGGCAACUGCCUGAAAAAGGACCGCAUCGACCUGUGCGAGUAUGCGCCGCGGCCCAAGAAACCCGCCAAGCCGGCCAAGGGCAUGGCGUCGCGGCUGCGGCGGCUCGAGGGCAUGCUGCGCGAGAUGAUGGACGACGACACCGCAGCCGCAGCCAUGUCGAGUUUUGGCGUGUCGAGCGCCGACCUGCUGGCCAACGGGGUCAAAAACGGCGCGACCGACGGCCAGCCGUCCUUCGUGUCUACGCUCACCGACGCUGAGGCCGAGGGCUACGACGGGAUGGGCAGACCGAUCCCCCCGACCGCCACGACGGCGGCGGGCGACAAUGCCGGCGGCAGUCAGAAUCCGCAUGCCCAUCCGAAUUCGCAUCCACACCCGACGCCACAGGCGCGCGGCAAGGGCCGUGUUGUGCGGGGGAAGCGGGGGACGACGUAUGUGGGCGCGACGCACUUUAUGGCGAUGCUCGACGACAUCGAGGACCUCAAGGCCUACUUUGACGACCCGCAGAACGUCCCCGAGGACGAGUGGCAGGACGUGUCGCCGGCGGCUGGCGACUCGCCGGAGCACUUGAUGCUGGGCGGACAGCAGCCGCGCACGCGGGCCGAGCUGCUGGCAGUGAUGCCGCCGCGGCUUGUGGUGGACCGGCUGAUUGCGCGGUACUUUGGAUCCAACACGCCGACGCAGCACACCCUCCAUCGACCGUCGUUCUCGCGCAAGUACAAGGAGUUCUGGCAGGACCCGGCCAACGCCGACGUCGACUUUCUGGCCGUGCUGUUCAACAUCCUGGCGUUGGGCGUGCACUUCUCGACGUAUUCCGCGCCGCACGAGCUCGACAUGGACGGCACAGGCAUGACCCCGACGGAACGGUACCGCGUGUACCGGGGCGCGGCCUCGGCGGCGCUUGGCAUGACACGCUUCUCGAGCCCCAACCUGCACACGGUCCGCGCGAUGCUCAUGUUUGCCGAGUCCGAGUUCCUCGUCAACCGCGCCACGCAGACCAACUGCUUCCUGCUGCUGGCGGUGUGCAUCCGGCUCAUGCUCAAGAUGGGCCUGCACCGCGACCCCAGCCGCCUGCCCAACAUCUCCGCCUUUGAGGGCGAGAUGCGCCGUCGGCUGUGGAACCUGGCCAUCCAGAUCGACCUCAUCGUCUCCUUCUACCUCGGCCUGCCCAGCAUGAUCCACGGCAUUCCCAGCGACACGAGCCUGGCACACAACCUGCUGGACGAGGACUUCAACGAAGACUCGCCCGUGCUGCCGCCGCCGCGGCCCGACUCCGAGUACACCGUCAUGAGCUACCCCAUCUUCAAGAGCAUGCUCUGCCGCAUUUUCGGCCAGGUCGCCCGCCUCGCCCACACGCUGACGCCGCCCAAGUACGCCGAGGUCCUGCGCACCGACCGCCUGCUCGAGGACAAGUGGCGCCAGAUCCCGGCUUUUAUGAAGGUCCGCCCGCUCGGCGACUGCGUGGCCGACCCGCCUAUGCAGGUCAUCCAGCGCUUCGGCAUCGCCUCGCUCUACCAAAAGAGCCGCUGCGUGCUGCACCGGCCCUACCUCGUCGAGGCCGUCCCGCUGCCCGAGCACGCCUACUCGCGCCGCACAUGCCUGCAGUCCGCGCUGACUCUGCUCGCCUACCACGAGGCCAUCCACGAGGCCACGCAGCCGGGCGGCCUGCUGCACCACAUUGGCUGGUUCAUCACGGGGCUCGGCAUGCACGACUUCCUGCUGGCGGCCAUGAUUGUGUACCUGGUGGUGCAGAACGACAACCUGUUUGAGUCGGAGCUGCUGACGAGCCGUGAUGGCGGUGGCGGCAGUACGAGUUGCCCCACGAGCAAUACUGAAGCGGCGGCAACGGCGACGCCGUCCGGGCCAGCAACCAAUAGCAGCGGCGGCAGCAGCGGCGGCGCAAUGGCGUCUGCCUCGGUCUCCUCCUCCGGAGGCGGUGCGCCCGGGUCGACUGGCACAGCAGCACCAGCAGGAGCGACCGCCGCCGCCACCACCGCCACCGCCACCGCAGACUACGAUGUCCCGCCGGCGCUACCCGUGGAUCGCAACGCCCUCAUCGAACUGCUGCGCCGCUCCCACCGCAUCUGGACCGACGCCGCCGAGAGGAACAGCGACACCCUCAAGGCCGCCGACCUGCUCAACGUCAUGCUGCGCAAAAUCUACGCCCGCGAGAUGCGCGAAAACGGCAGCCCGCCCGACUGGGCGCCGCCGCCUGACAACCGCCGAGAGACCCAGCCCGACCACCACCAGCAACAGCAACAGCAACAACAAAACGCCCGCUCCGCCUCGGCGCAGUGGUCAUACCCGUCGUCGCAGCCGGGCCACUCUUCCCACUCUUACAACACCCCGCAGUCCACAGGGAUGGGGAGCCUGCACGGCCAGGUCGAUCCGGUCUUUGUCGGCGGCGUGCCGGCCCUGUCGCAGGCCACUCUCCAGACUCUCGGCAUAAAAGACACAGUGAUGCCCGCCGCCCAUCCCCUGGGCCAGCCGCCGCCACCGGCGUCCCUCGACAUGUCGGCCAGCGAUGCCCAGAUGGGCUUCUCUCGCCGCGAUCUCGUCCCGCCCUCCCAGCUGCCCGCCGGCGCCACCAACAACAUGGGCGCUCCCUCGCGCUACGACUCGUGGAUCCCGCUGUCCCUCGACGCCCUCGACUGGGGCACCGUCGACAGUGGCAUCCGCGUCGUCAACAGCCAAGAAACCGAGUGGACCGGCGAGAACUCGGUCAUCAACGACAUCAACUACGUCGCCGCCGGCAUGUGGGACCAGCCGGAUCCAAGCUUGCAGUAG